GUAACACAUGAAACAAAACUCAAUGAUUUGUUAUUCACUUUUCAAUACAACAAAUAAGUUGUAAGUAUUGGUUAUCACUGAUUGUAACCACAGAUCAGUUGGCAUCAGAUCAUCAGUCGAUCGCUUCCGAGAAACAAUCGGUGAACGCAUACAAUGGUUGCGUCCGCACAACCGAAAGACCAGUCAUCGAUGGUCUGGAGGGCCAGUCAUGCCUAUCAACGGCAACAGUCGGGUAUAAACGCCAUAUUCAUGGGCCCUCCCGGAGCAGGAAAGGGCACUCAAUCGCAAAACGUGAAGCGAGACUUCGGU